CUGUCUAGAUACAGAGAGAGAGAGAGAGAGCGAAAAGAAGCGAAGAAAAUUGUGACGCUCGAGAAAAAGGCGAAACCCUAGAAACUCCAUUUUUCCAAUGGAGAACCUCUCGUAUUCUCGGCAUCCAAACAGGGCGCUGUCUAAGAAAAUUUGCGGCAAUGCCGGUGGUUUCCCGGCGGGUGCGGCGGUUAAGAAUCUUUACGACGACGUCUAUGGAGGUCCUCCGAAGUUCGGCGUCUCAAAUCUCUCUCCUCGAAUGGAGGACUACAGCGAGAUUUUCGGGAGCUUCCAGGCGUCUCGAGCCUCGUCGAUUCCGGUGUUGGAUCUUCCGGCGGUCGACGAAGCCGAGGUUGUUUUCGAUGUCCGGAGCUCUAGUUUCGACUACGUCGAGGUCUUUGGCGGCUUCAAAGGACUAGAUUUCGCCGUCUCGUAUGAGGAGUUGGUUGAUCAAUCCAAGGACGGGGAUGGUAACUCCUCUGACGAGGCUUGGUCUCCUGCAGAAUAUGAAUCUCUGUCAGAAGGGUCGGAUAGUUCGGGUAGGGAUCAAUGCUUUUCAAAUGGAGGUCCUGAACACUCAUUUGAUGGCACUACGGAGUUCAGCAUAUCAUAUCAUAAAGCUAAUCAAAUAAGCAGUGAAGAUGUAGCGAGUGGAAUGACACGUGUUGCUCAGCUUCAUGCUGUUCCUGGCUUCACUUACAUGGUCGAUUCACCAUUGCAACAGACAGAAGAUAAGAAGGCAUCCUUGCAGGUGACUGAUGAUAGUAAUCUCAAUAUGGAUUUCAGUGUUGACGUGAUGAAGGCUAAGCAUCUCAAAAAGACAAUGUCACACCCCCAAAAUGUUAGGUUCGGUGGACAUGCAUAUGAAAAUGAUCUUAGGCCUCAAAAAGAAUAUGGAAAGAAUGGUUCUUCUCAUAGUAAUGCGUUUGUAGGUAUAUCGGGGAUCAGCCUUCGAACUCAACCAUCUGAACUGCCACCACCCUCUCGACCACCACCUGUAGUAGAAGGCAAGAAGGGAUUUUCCAGUAAAUUGGUUUCACACCGUAACACUCUUGAUUCUGAAGGAAUCUCAGGUGAUAGUUCGCCACCUUUCUUUGAUGUGGAGGUAGAUGCCAGUUCAUCUGCCGCAGCCUCUGCUGCAGCUAUAAAAGAAGCAAUGGAGAAAGCUCAAGCAAAGCUAAAAAGUGCAAAAGAAUUAAUGGAGAAGAAAAAAGAGGGUCUUCAAAGCAGCCAUAAAUCAGGUUCAAGAAGGGAUAUGAAAGAUAGCGAAGGAAAGACACGUAAGAUUCUAGAUGGAUCCAACAAAACUAAAGAUGAGAGAUUGAAGGGCACUAAUGAAAGAGAAGACAAUGGAAUAAAUGUGCUUGUCCGGGAGAAGCAAAAGGUGAGUAAGUCAGCCCUUGAAGUUCCAGAGUUUUUAGGAGGAGAAAACGCUUCCAUUGCUGCUGGAAAAUAUGUGGAAGACAAGCCUGAGACAGAAUCUUGGUCAUCAAGAGGAUCUCAUAAAGUUGGUGAAGCUAGUGAAUGGAAAGAAGCAACAGAUUUUUUUGAAUUAGUUACAACUGAUGAAUCCAAGGUUUUUGAGCAGGCAAAUACUAAGAAAAUAUUUGUACAGAAUGUAAUAAUUCAUGAGCUUGAGCAGAAGAAGGUAGCCUUGGAUUCAUCUGAGAAGCAAGCAAAAAAUGAAAGUAAAGAGAAACCAGCUAGAAAAGAUGAUGAAGUGGAGGCGUUUGAGGAGAAACAGAAAGGAGCAAAAGAACCCUGCAGGCAUGAAGAAAACAGUGUAAAAGCAAUAGCAGCUAAGGAGGCAAUUGAGCACAAAGAUCAUGAAAAGAAGAUCAAAGUCGCCCAUGAAGUUUGUGAGAGGGGAGAAAACAAGAAGAGUUCCAAGAUGGCCAAGCAUAUUGUGGACAAGCGAGUAACUGGAGCUGAUCAAUCAGUUAAGGAGAAAGAAACUAAGUCCAAACCUGAGAAGGCUAUAAACCAGAAGGAGAAUGAGAAGAAAUUAAUGGAGGCUGAAAAAAUGAUUGAACUUGAGAAAAAACAGAAGUUGUCCCAUAAAAAGUUAGACAGUGAAGAGAGACAAAAAGAGGCUUUAAUAGAAGGAAGAAAUGAAAAUAGUUUCAAAGUUGCGUUUGAACAAGCAGAAAAUGGGAUAAAGGUGCCUAAGGUUCUUGAACAGGAAGAAAAUGAAAAGUGGUUAAAGGAGAUUCUUGACAAAGUAGAGAGUGAGAGGAGGCAGAAGGGAGCUUUCUUGCAUCAGGAGAAUGAAACGAGACUGAAAGAGUCCCUUGAACAGGAGAACAGCAAGAAGAAACGGACAGAAGUUCUUGAUCUGGAAGAGAAAAAACGUGAAGAGAUAUGUCAAAGAGAAGAAAACAAGGAACGAAUUAAAUCCGUUCGUGGAGAAAAAGAGACUGGGAAACACAUGGUGGUCUGUGAGCAAGUAGAUAGUGGAAAUAUAUUCACAGAGGCUCAGGAGGAAGAAGAAAUAGAUACAAAACUGUGUGAAGCAUCUAAGCAGUUAGAUACUUUCAGCAUGUUGAAGGAGGUUCUUGAACAGGUAGGGACUAAACAGAUGCCAAAAGAUAGUGUUAACCUGGUAGACGAGAAGGGACUAGACAAGGGACAUGGAGGAACGCAGAAGGAUGAAUAUUGCGAGGACGUAAAAUUGGCGAAACAAACUCAGGUGCAUGUGGAGGGGGAGGAUCUCAUCCAAUCUGAUAAGGCACAUAAGCUGGAUUCUAGUAAGAACAAACAACCGACACAAUUAUCUCAUGACCAUGAUGAAAACAGUGGAAAGGUGAAAACACCUCAAGAGGCCCAUGCUCGUGAAGAAAAGAAAGAUAUAAAAGCUGAUCCACUAAAUACUGAAACCAAACCAGCAGCUGGAAGAAAAACUGAGUCCAUUGAUGAAAAUUUCAAAGCAUCCAGCAUCAACAAACAGGACCAGUUAAGAAUGGAAGAUGGCAAAGAGGCCCUUCCUUUGAGGGGCAGUGUGAAGAAAACAAGUGGAGAAAUGAAGAUUAUACCUAAAGUAAGUGAAAAGGAGUCAGUGGCAUUUGAGAUAGCAAAUGUUUUGGUUGGUGAAAGAUUAAAAGCAUUUGGAAAGUCACAAGAAAACUUACCACAUGCAAAGAACCCGUACAAAGUGGAAUCUGAGUUGCCUCUUGUAGAUAAUCAAGUAACGAAGGCAGGAGAAGCUAGCCCAGUCGUUGGAGAACCGAACAUUGAGAAAAUUAAGAGUUGCUCACAGGUGGGCUCUGUUUCUGACAAUCAAGAUAUAGAAUUUGCUCACAAGUUUAAAGAGACAGGAGAAGAUUGCAUCCAGGUCCAAGUUUCCUUGAAUAAGGAAGAGAAGGAGAAAACAGUGCCAACUCAAGCAGUGAAAGAGAGCAUUGAAGACAAAUGGAAAACUGAAGCAGCUCAGCCUCCUAGGGCCGAAGAGAAGCAGAAGAACCAGAAAUCAGAUCAGCAGGUUAAUGCAAGCCAUAGUACGGAGAGAACGGAGAAAACAUCUGGAGAGGUAGAAACUGAAAGGCUGAAAAGAGAAAGAGAGCUAGAAAAUGAAAGACUCAGAAAGCUAGAGGAAGAGAGGGAGAGGGAGAGGGAAAGAGAAAAGGAUAGAAUGGCUGUUGAUCUUGCAACCCUUGAAGCUCGAGAAAGAGUGUUUCCAGAAUCCCGUGAGAGGGCAGAAAGGGCUGCUGUGGAGAGGGCAACAGCUGAAGCUCGGCAGAGAGCAAUGAUGGAGGCCCGUGAAAGACUAGAGAAGGCAUGUGCAGAGGCGAGGGAGAAGUCGUUAGCAGGAAAGACAGCUAUGGAGGCUCGGAUCAGGGCUGAGCGUGCUGCAGUAGAGAGAGCAACUGCAGAGGCUAGAGAGCGUGCUGCCGAAAAAGCAAUGGCUGAAAGGGCUGCUUUUGAGGCUAGGGAACGGGUACAAAGAUCAGUUUCUGAUAAAUUCUCAGCUUCCUCCAGAAAUAAUGGAAUGAGACGAAGCACCUCCUCCUCUGAUCUACAGGACCUUCAAUUUCAGAGUUCAGGGCUUCCAAGAUAUCAAUAUUCUUCAGUUUAUGGUGAGAGGUAUGAAGGAGUUGAGGGCGAAUCAGCUCAAAGAUGUAAAGCUAGAUUGGAGCGGCAUCGUAGAACAGCUGAACGUGCGGCAAAAGCUCUUGCAGAGAAGAAUAUGCGUGAUCUUCUUGCUCAGCGAGAGCAAGCGGAAAGAAAUAGGUUAGCAGAAACUUUGGAUGCUGAUGUGAGAAGGUGGUCAAGUGGGAAAGAAGGGAACUUGCGUGCACUGCUUUCGACUUUACAAUAUAUCCUGGGGCCAGAUAGUGGUUGGCAGCCUAUUCCGUUAACAGAGGUUAUAACUUCUGCGGCUGUUAAGAAGGCUUACAGGAAAGCUACUCUUUGUGUUCACCCUGACAAAUUACAACAGCGCGGUGCAAGUAUUCAGCAGAAGUAUAUAUGCGAAAAAGUCUUUGAUCUUUUAAAGGAAGCUUGGAACAAAUUCAACUCUGAAGAGCAGUUGGGCGGGUCAGGCAAAUCGGACUUGGCCGGAAAAAUUCAAAAAAAACUCCAGCGGACGACAAUUAACGGCGCCUACACAGCGGCGGACUCCGACGAGGUGCCCAAAUUCAAGCUGCCCAAGCCCAAAAUACCACUUUAG